UUCUACGUGGUAGCUUGCUUGUCAUACGAGGCGUUAAUGGAGUGGUCGGUUUACGUCAGGGCCAUAUAACUACCGAUUUGCGUUUGGAGAACGGUAAUGUCAGAGAAGCUGGCCAAUGUGAGUCAUUGAUUUUAUUCACUACUCGACCCUGCGUCUUACCCAGCCCUUUUGGCGUCAAGGUAUGGCGUAUAACCCAACCGAAAGACCUGGAACCCUUAACCUCCGAGGAAGGGGAGAGUACGUCAACACUAAAGUUCGAACGAGUGAACGGGUGAUCAGCGAACAGUCCGAGCCGCGCGACUACGACCCGCUGCACUCUGACAUCUGGAACUUGCACAAGUCGUCCUACAAGCGCAUGUCGGAUCUCACGCACAAUGAGUUCCACAGCACUACGAGGGACUCGUUGGACCGCGUGGCGCAGGAACGCGCCAGGAUGCCGUACGAGCGCUCCCACCCGCUGCACGUGGUCCGGAGCUUCAACGUGAUGGAUACCUCACUCAGCAGACAGCUGAAACGACUAGAGACGGGGGCGCUGCCCACCCACCCGGUGGACUACAACCAGCACACGAUGAAGUCUACCUACCGCGAGGCGUAUGGAAACGAAGGGCGCCAGGGCGCCGUUCGAGAACCGCGCUGUGAGCCGUCGCCCUCGGCCGACAAGUGGAUGCAGUUCCGGCGCCGCAAGUCAUGGAUGUUUGACACAGACCGAUCACCGAGCCAGUUCACUGAUGACGCCCUCACCUGCCCGCCCAUUCCGAAAGAGGUUCGGGCCUGCGUGGAAGCCGCCCAAGAAGCGGGCGACGCCUGCCGAACUGUGGACGAACUGGAGACUCAGGUGGCAGCACUGCAGCACAAGCUGGACGAGACCCACUACCCCCCUCCAGCGGAGCCGUGUAGCGACCCCCCACCUGGUCGCGAUCCUGUCAAACCAGGAGCCUCCACCGGACCGCAGCACCGGGACUCAUCCACCGAGCAUCACGACCCAGCGCGACCGCACGAGUCGCCGCCGGCCGGUCCCAAGGAGAGCCGACACCUGGUCCGGCUGGACGAGUCUGGGCUUUAUCAGGAACGAGCCCACACCCCGACAGAGCUGGGCAGACGACAAACCCCCGCUCCGGCCGAUCUGGACAGAGGACCAGCGCCCACUCCCGCCGAUUUGGACCGAGGACAAUCCCCCACGCCGGCGGAUCCAGACCGAAGACGAGCCCCCACUCCGGCCGAUCUGGACAGAGGACGAGCCCCCACUCCGGCCGAUCUGGACAGGAGACAAGCCCCCACUCCGGUCGAUUUGGACCGAGGACAUGCCCCCACGCCAAUCGGUCUGGACGGAGAACGAGCCGCCACCCAGGCUGAGCAGGAAAAGGAGCGAGCCCUGCCCCCGGUCGAGGAGCCCGGCCCGCGCCCCUGCUCCUCCGAGCCUCCGCCCGGCCAAGACUACCCGACGGCGAGGCGACUAGACGGGCCGUGUGCGCCGCCCGAGCGCGACCUGUCGGGCGUGUUCCCGCCCGUGGACACCGUCGAGUGCCCGGGACCGGCGCCGCCGCCGCCGCCGCCGCCCUGCCCGCGCGGCCCAGAGCCGACCGACCCGCCGAUGCACCCGUGCGAGCCGGGGGUGCCGCAGGAGCUGUGCGAGCAGCCGGCGACCACCGUCGAGCCGGGCGGCGGCGGCAUACUCUGCGAGCCGGGGCUGACGUGCGGCGAACAAGCGGACAACGCCACCCUCUGCAGCGGGCGGGGCAGCUGCGAGUGCGGCCGGUGCCGCUGCCACGGCGCCGGCAUCAGCGGGCCGCUGUGCGAAUGCGACGCCGAGGAGCGCUGCCCCGUGUCGGGCGUCGGGCAGCCGUGCGGAGGCGAGACGCACGGCACAUGCCGCUGCGGCGUCUGCGAGUGCCUGCCCGGCUGGCAGGGUGCCGCCUGCGGCGAGCGCUUCUGCGAGUGCGGCGAGUGCCAGUGCGUCAGCCACGGCUUCGAGCAGUACACCGGCGAGUUCUGCCACAUCUGCCCCACCUGCCCGGCGCAGUGCGGCGAUUACGCCGCCUGCGUUCAGAGCCGGCUGUUCGCCACCGGCGUCUCGCCGCCGCUCAGCCGGUUCUGCCAGGGCCUGGCGCUCGAGUUGGUGGAAGAGCUGGUUCCCGUCGCGGCGGACGAACAGGUGUGCACGGCGCCGCUCGACGACGGCCAGUGCCGCUUCCAGUUCGCACUGACGCACCACGUCGCCACAAUGAGCGUCAACGUUCGCGCGAAGCAGGAGCGACUCUGCUUCGCCGACGCCAGCGAGGACGGCAGCCGCCUCGAGGAGGACCAGGACGACGGCGAGGUGGCGGAAGACGGCAUGCGGCACGAAGAGCCGGUCGCGAUCAGGGAAAAGAUGGCCGACUUUGCGGAGGAGCCUGAGGAGCCGAAGGAGAGCGCCAGCACCGAAGCUGGAAGCGACGCUGGAGCGGUGUCGGCUUGUUUUUCUGUACUUCUGUGCGGUUUGGCGGUGCUGCUGCAUCUCUAUUAG